ACCCCACCGGCGUCAUUUCGAGAGCCGGUAUUGCCACACCCCUGUCGUUACGAAGGCGAGCCUGGCGCAUGCCGACAAUUUUUACACCAGUGCUCCCUCGUCUUUGAUCAACAGCCAUACACGUUUGCUAGUGACAGAUCCCGGGUAGCAUACGCUAUGAGUCUACUCACCGGUAAAGCAGCUACAUGGGCCAUGGCGGUAAGCAACACAAGGCCCGCGAUCCGUAAUUCAUUCGAAACUUUUGAGGCGGAGUUCGUGACAGUUUUUGAUCACCCGGUUAGAGGCAAGGAGGCAGCCAGCCGCCUGCUGGAUUUUUUUCAGGGCGAUCUGUCCGCAGCUGACUACUCCAUUCAGUUCCGCAUUUUGGCGGCAGAGUGCGGAUUUGGUGACGCAGCGCUGUGUGGAAUUUUUCGGCGAGGGCUGUCUUCUAAAAUCAAAGAUGAGCUGGCUUCCCGGGACGAAUCUUCAAGCCUGGAGGAGCUGAUUUCCUUAUCAGUCUCUCUGGAUGGUCGGCUGAAGGAACGCGAGAGGGAACGGGCCGCCAUGGAGCACCGGGGAUAUCCGUGGUCGUCGCCGAGGAGCUGCCCGACUGCCAUCGGUGAGGACUGCUUCGUUGAGUCACCGGUCGUCCGGGCGCCGUCGCAGAGUCCGGGCUCGAUGAGGGAGGAGUCCAUGCGAAUCGGCGGUGGGCGUCUCUCUGCAGCGGAGCGACGGAGACGGAUGAGAGCAGGUGUGUGUCUGUACUGUGGUUUGCCGGGGCACCGUCUCGCCACCUGUGACGCGGUCCCCUCGCGUCGACCUGGAUCUGCUCUCCCUGGGGUUCGCCUUCCCCGAGGGGGGACGAGGUUCGUGCACGACAACGUCCCAUCAACACCUGAUUGAGCCAGAUGGGCGUGGUAAUGCGACACACCUGUGCUGCAUUAGGAAAGCUUGAUAUUUAAGGAAGCCUGUCACCAUCUGCAAGUGUCGGACUAUUACAUGCCAACCUGCUUGCUUACCGCUGUGUGCAUCAUCUGGAGUUCUACUUGCCAUUUACGGUUGUAUUCUUUGUUAUCACAUUGUUGUGCUAGUAUUUUUGUUCGACUUUGCUAUCAUUUAGUUUAGCCUUUUUCCGGCCCUUGUGCCUUCUCCUUAGUUUACUCGCCGACUAGGUUCGUGCCAUUUUUAUUUUGUAUUUUGUCUCGCGUGUUCUGGUGUGCUCCCUUAGUUCUUGUUUUGUAAUAAAUACGACAAACUUCCACCUCUGUGUUGGAUCCAUGCUUAACGGCUUGCCGUAUCAUAACAAUAAGUUCUGGCCCAAAGUUAUUGCAUAUUAGUAAAGGACCUCUGUGUUGGUGGUUGGAUGGCUUCCAACACCGUCCAUGAAGUGGGCCGGUCUUUCAAUGACUCCCGGGCCACUGCACCCCCCUGGGGAGCAUACAUGGGUACAUGCUGUCAUAUUAAGGCCAUGUCUACACCUAGCAGGGUUUAUUUAUUUAUUUAUUUAUUUUUAAACUGAGGGUCCUGUCCUAAUACGUCCGGAAAAAAUAAUUACGUCUACACCAGCACGUUUGUAAAAAAGAAACAAACAAACAAAAAAAAAGCUUUCACAGCCAACAACAUUCAUUUGUAUUUAAGUUUACUCUGCUGCUAUUUGUAACUCUGUUCUCCUGCUAUUGUCUGCCUGGUGUGUUUUAUUUCUGUUAUUUCUUUUAUUGUAUUUCUUAAGUACGGUAAUAGUGUAUUGUAUUGAAUUGCAUAUACUGUAUUCCAUUUUUAAUUUAAUUUUUUUUAAAAAAUCCUUUUUACUCUAGCACUUUCUUUUUACUAAAUUGCACGUCAUACUUUUAUCUUUGCUGCUGUGGUGUUGUGGGCACUGGAAAACUAAUUUCCCAGAGGGAACUCUCCCAAGGGAUUAAUAAACGUAGCGGGGAAAAAAGUUUGUCGCAGUCAGUCACCUUUCCCCAGUUAAAACUUUGGUUAUCAGUGUCCACAUGAUGGCGCUACAAACGCAGAAUUCACACAUCCACUUUGAAUGCCCAAAAUGUGCGUGUGCAUGUGGAUGAUAGGCCAAACCAUAGAAAAACACACAGUAUAUAUAUAUAUUUUUUUGCCAAAAUACCCUGUUACGUGUAGACAUGUCCUAAAUCUUAAGUGAUACCAAUACCUACAUUUUUUCCCCAUCCAUUAUUCGACACUGAAUUAUCGGCAAGAAUUCCGAAGACAUACGUUGAAUUCACCCAAGCCUCGAAAAUAGUCCUCAGCUUUUCCGAUAAUGCAUAUGAUUAAUAUGUCCUUGAUGAUUCGUUUGUCUUUGUACAAAAACGCAUGUUGGCCAGUCAAAAUAGAUUGGAAUUAGUUGUCUAUCGCCAUCAAUAACUUGAAUGCACUGAAUUUAGUCCAAAAUUUAGAUCAUGCAAAUAUCAAGUAAAGAGACAUCAGAAAGUAUUUUCUCUGAUGUUUGCGAAAGUAGCUGCUUGAGGUUAAAGAGUGAAAUUUAUAGAAACUACAACUAAAGAGAUCUUUAAAGAACCCAUUUCAUUGUAUUUUUCUUAAAGCGCGUGUCACUUUCCAAUGUGGGAAAAGAUGAUAAGAAGCCAGAUGUCACCUGGGAUGUGGAAGAUGCCACUCGCCUAGGUCUGAUGGGUGACUUCUAAAGCUACAAUAAUUACACCUACCUAAGGCUUCGUUAAAAAAAAAAACUCAACUUAAGAAGACCUGUGAGUUUAUUGACUAGAACUUUCUGUGAAAUGUUUACAAUCUCUCCAUUGGAAUUUUGCUGAAAAGAAGAAUGUGAAGCCCCUGUGGGAGCGCAAAGUGGUCUCCUCCGUGCGAGUCUCUUACAGGUGGACCCUUGAACGCGAGUCAGACCGACUUAGUCACGAUGUUGGCGGCCCUCUUGGUGUUGACCCUCACCGCCACUGUUGCGAUGGGAGGAAGUGACAACGAAACCGCAGUGGAUAGUCAGAACACCAUCGCUCGUGGAAAACUUCUGGCUCCAAGCGUUGUUGGAUGAGGCAUCAAGAAAAUGCCCGAGCUGCACCACUUCUUAAUGGAGCGCUGGGCCUUGUAUCACAACCUGGAGUACGAUUCCUCGGAGGAGGUGGAGCCCCGACUUAUUUUUUAUAACGACAAGGAUGAGGUUGUAAAGACGCUUUCAGUGAAGAACAUGAAAGCUGCCGAGAUCAGCGCCUUGCUGGACUCACUGGGCUUCUACAGACGGUCCCAGAAGGGUGAGGAGGUGCCGGAAGAGUUCCAGAACUUCCCCCUGCGCGCCCCCCGUGACGAGCUGUGACGCCCUCACCUACUCGUCUCUGCGUCUGGCGCACACCAUGGAUGAUGAAUGGGGCCUCAAGGUGUUUCCAAAAAACAAAAUCCCGGCUCCAUUUUGAUGGUUUGGCGGCUUGCUGGACGCGGUGUGGGACAGUGCGCCUUUUCAUUUCGCUCUCCUCCAAAGUAAAAAAGAAUUAUAAUAAUAAAACAUA